AUGGCCGCCGCCGCCGCCGCCGCCGCCGGCGCUGGUGAGCCCGUGUCCGCCGACGAGCUGCUCCGGAAAGGCGACGCGGAGAAGACCGAGGAAGAGCUGGAGGAGGACGACGACGACGACGAGCUAGACGAGACCCUGUCGGAGAGACUCUGGGGUCUGACGGAGAUGUUCCCGGAGAGGAUCCGGUCCGCGGCCGCAGCCACCUUUGAUCUCUCCCUCUUCGUGGCUCAGAAAAUGUACAGAUUUUCCAGGGCAGCCUUGAGGAUUGGGACCACUUCCUUUAUGAUCCUGGUUCUUCCUGUUGUCUUUGAGACAGAAAAAUUGCAAAUGGAGCAACAGCAGCAGCUCCAGCAGCGGCAGAUACUUCUAGGGCCUAACACAGGGCUGUCAGGAGGAAUGCCAGGAGCCCUACCUUCACUUCCUGGAAAAAUCUAGAUUGUUAUAUUUGAGAAGUCUAGGUGGGAGAACUUUUGAGAUUCAGUUGUGUUUGAACUGCUGAUUAUUUGGAUUUCUUUUUCCUUCUUUUAAAUUUUGGCACGAUGAUCUAUCCAAAUCUGAUGGGGAAAAUUCUCCAGAUCUCCUUGUCUCAAGAAAAGACUCCCAACCUGCAACUAUACCCUCCACUCUGUCCUCAUUCUGACACCACAGUGCAGCCAU